CUCAAACACCCAUAGCAGCCAACAAGGACAUUGUAUUUGAUAUCUCUUGAAACAUACGCCUCAGCUAUGGGCGGGCAGCAAGUCUCAAGCAGCGUCAGUUUCGAUGCCCUUCCACCGCUCGUGGUGGAGCACAUCGCAUCGUUCAUGAUGCUCUCGCCAUAUGUCAACGACGUCGCAGCCAACUUGCGCGUAGUCUGCAAGGCCUGGCGGCGUGCCCUGCAACGCGUGGAGCACCGGACCGUCCACCUCGCAUCGCCAUGCCACUCCCCUGCAUUCUCCACACUCUGCGCCGGCCCCUUCGGCCAGGCCGCGCUCGGCGCCAUGACCCUUGUGCGCCGACGGCAGCUGCUGGCCCUUGUGGCUCGCAGCGGCAACCUGGAAAACCUGCAGAUCGCUGUCGCUGCCGCGGGCUGCGCCCCAGACGACACGGCAGCGACCGCGGCCGCGGCCAGCGGCCAUCUCGAGGUGUGCCGCUGGCUGCUGGCGUCGCGGCCAGGCCCGCUACAGCCGCAAGUGCUGAAGGACAUGAUGCAGGCGGCCGCGGAGCACGGGCACGAGGCUGUGAUGCGGUGGCUUGCGGACGCUGCUGGCGGACACGCCGGCACGGCCCAGUUGGUCUGCCCCUCGGUGCUGGCGGCGGCGGUGCGGGGCGGGCAGUCACAGCUUGUGGAUCAGCUGGUCAGCGAGGUACGGCAUGCGGCUCCGGCUCCACAGCGGGCCAGCCGGAUGCGGGGCCACCCGGUACGGAGCGUCAGGGAGAGGUCGUUAUAUGAGCGCCUGAUGGCGGCGGCAAAGUACCGGCCGGCGGCGGAGCUGGAGGCGCUGUGGGCGGCGGAGGCGGCGGGUGCCGAGUUGACGCAACUGCAGCUGCUGUCGGCGGCUGCCGGCAGUGGCCUGCCCGACUACCAACGGAAGAUUGACUUCUUGGAGCGCGUGGGGUGCGAGUGGCAUGUUGGAUGCCUGCAAGCGGCGAUUGCGGAAGGCGACGAAGACAUCGCGACGGCACGGCUUGCCUGGCUGCGGGCGCGUGGUGGCUACACGCGCAGCGUAGGCGAAUUCGUCGAUGGCCCGCUGCCGCAGCCUCAGCAGCAGCAAGCAGGUCCUGGUGUGGGAAACAAUCUGGCGUCUGUAUACGAUAAGCUGUGCGGCGCUGCGGCAAGGGCCGGUCACGUCCGGCUGCUGCGGUCGCUGGUCGCCGAGGCCACGGCAGCGGGCGUGGAUGCUUCCCAGCCGCUAGAGCGCGUGGCAUUUGAGCUCAUUCAGCUUGAUAAGGCCGAGGAGGAUCUCCAAUAUCAGAUCGCGCAUUACGAUGUGGCCGGCCCCUGGGAUAUGUGGGAGUUGGACCCUGCAACCGGAGAGCUGAGGCGGCGUGAGGAGGAAGAGGUGGCGAACCAGCUGCACAACGAUGCUGCAGAAGAGGGCGACGAGAAGGAGGAGUGGGACUAUACCGAACUCCAUGACGACGAUGUGUGGGCUGCUGUGGCGGAGCAAAGGCUUAGGCAGCGCCUGUCGAGGACCGACUUCUUCUUCGGCGUGAUGAAUGCGGCACGGCAAAACAAACUGGGAGUGCUGCAGGCAGUCCUCGAGGCGCGGCCGACUUGGUUGGGGCUGUCCUGCGCGCUGCGAGCAGCUGCGGCCGCCGGUCAGGUGCACGUGCUGCAGUGGGGCCUCCGCACGAGCCAGGGCGCAGCCCUACUCGCGCAGCAGCCCAGGUGGGGCUGGCGGCUGCUUGUGAAUGCAGCGGGCAGCGGCUGUGUGCCGCUGAUGUCGCUGCUGCGGGAGCACGGCUGCGCGUGGGACGCGACUGCGUUCGUGGCUGCGGUCAAGUCGGGAAGCGAGGAGGCGGUUCUCUGGCUGCGGGAGAACGGCUGCCCGCUUCCGCGGAGUGACAUGCCCUGCUGGCGAGCCGCGGUCGCAAACUGCGAUGUGCGCAUGCUGCGGCUGCUGCGGCAGCGGCUGGGCCGGGCCUGUCGCGGCCUGCUGCCACGCCGCGAGGGCGCCAUAACGAACCCCGGUCAGGGCUGGCUUGGAGAGCAGUCGGUGUUUGUGCAGCAGCUGGCGGAGGCGUGGUAUCGUCAGGGAGGCGGAGGGGAGGCCGGUGCCGGUGCCGGUGGCAGUUCUGAGGCUGUGGCUGGGGCUGCGGCUGCCGCUGCGGCUGUUGCUGGAGCUGCGAACCAAGUGCAGCUGGAAGUGCGGGUGCUAUCGCUGCUGCUGGGCGGAGUGUAGGGGUUGUUAGGCUGCUCGGGCUGGUUGAAAGGAUGCACCCGGUCUGUGCGCUGUGGAGGAGUGGCGGCACGUGCGCUCUAUCAGGUUCAGACAUCAGGGGUCGGAGCGCCUACGUAGUACGUCCGCCCCGUGCCACUGGUCCACUGCGGUGGCGGCACUUCCGGACUCUUAAGGAGGUGCAGUCACGGUGCGGGGCCUAACGGGGGAGGGCGUCAGUCGUGUUGGUGCGGGAAAGGCAUCAGCCGUGGGGCCAUGAGGUUGACCCUGCCAGUUGCCUGCUAGGGCGUAGCUGUGAGGCCAUAAAUGAGGGGAGGGCCGGGGCAACAUAAGGCCGCUUGCGGAUUACGGUAGCGCAGAGCAUUGGUGCUGCGAGACUCGUCGUUAGAGCUCUGGGCACUUCAGGUUGUGUAACAGGUGCUGCGC